CCGGGCUGCAAUUCUAACGAGCUGUUAUUGUUGUGCCAUCAAGUUACGGUGGUUCACUGUCUGUGUUGGUACAAAAUCUUAGCGGUUGUCGUUAACAAAUAAACAGCUGUUUAUGUAGAAUUAGGCAACUGAAACCGUUUGCCUGAGAACAUUGGGACACCCCGCAGACACUCGUCCCGCAGACCCGUUGGACCCACUGUCCUCGAUGGUCGUUUUUCCCCCUGCUUAUCUUGUGUCCAAUUCCAAAGGUUCUCUGUGUUGUGCCUAUCGGAGUCUAUCUGCUGUUGUUACAUUCAAGAGCAACAAUGUCACGUUGGAAGGAUAUGAAUAAGGAUGAGCUAGAGAGGCAGUUUUCGCCCAGCCAGUGGUCGCCCAGAAUGUCGGCAGACGACGUUAUCAAAUCCCACGUGACGGCGCUCAAAGAAGGUACGGAGCGUGCCCGUGCCCUGGCCCAGACCCUCCUCAACGUUCCCUAUGGAGAAGGAGAGGGGGAGAAACUAGACGUCUAUGUUCCCACCACCACUUCUCUAGAUGUCCCACUGGUGAUCUACCUCCAUGGAGGCUACUGGCAGUUCCUUAGUAAGGAGGAGUCCGGGUUUAUGGCCGUCCCAUUGGUCCAUAAGGGCGUCGUGGUGGUCGCCGUGGGUUACGACAUAGCUCCCAAAGGGAACAUGGACGUGAUGGUGUCUCAGGUGCGGAGGAGUGUGGUGUCCGUCAUUCAACAGUAUUCACACAUUAGUGGUCUGUACCUGUGUGGCCACUCUGCGGGGGCCCACCUGGCUGCUAUGAUCCUCUCUACAGACUGGUCUCACUACAGUGUGACCCCUCAGAUCAAAGGUGCGUUCCUGGUCAGUGGUAUAUAUGACCUCCUGCCCAUCCUGUCCACCUAUGUCAACGAGCCUCUGAAGAUGACAGAAGAGGUGGCUCUGAGGAACAGUCCUAGUCAGUUGGUUCCGCAGCUCAAACUCUCCUCCUCCGACUGUGACAUCGUGGUUGCCGUGGCGCAGAACGACUCGCCAGAGUUCCGGAAGCAGUCGGAGGACUACUACAAAGCUCUGGAGUCAACAGAAGGACUGAAGGUAACAUUGGAGGACGUUCCAAACACAGAUCACUUCAACAUCAUCGAGCAGCUAGUUGACGGAGACUACCACCUCACUCAGCUGCUGUUAAAGAUGAUGGGGAAGAGCUAAAGAGAUACAGGGACACCGGCCAAUCAAUGAAGAGAUACAGGGACACUGGCCAAUCAUUGAAGAGAUACAGGGACACCAGACAAUCAUUGAAGAGAUACAGGGACACUGUAUUAAUUUACAUAUCAACCACAAACACCUCUGUUCUGAUGGCUAUUGGCUAAACAAGGUGGUUAGAUAAGAGGUAUUAUGUUUUGUGUUACAGAACCUCCGGGAUGAAGAUUCCCUUAGUUACAUUUCUUGGAUCAGUUUUGAUUCCUCUUAACUUGUUUUUUAAACCCAAAAUCCCCUCCCCACGCGGUCUUACAGUAACAACCAGAUGAAACUAAGGGUGAAUCCCAAAUGGCACCCUAUUCCCUAUAUAUAACGCUCCGGUCAAAAGUAGUGCACUAUACAGGGAACAUGGCACCAUUUAGGAUGCACCCUAUCUCACACUACACUAUGGAUUUGUCCCAAAUGGCACCCUAUUCCCUAUAUAGUGCAGUACUUUUGACUAGAGCCCUAUGGGUACCUAUGGGCCCUGGUUAAAUGUAGUGCACUAUAGAGGGAAUAGGGUGCCCAUUUAGGAUGUAACCUCUUCACUCUGUUACUGCUAUAACAACUGGUUUGCGGUCAGCUCUUAUGAAUCUUUUAAGGAAAUGGUCAAACUGAUCCUGGACCAGCCAAAGUUUGAUAACAUAAUAUGCAUCCCAAAUUGUAUCCUUAUAUAGUUCACUAGUUUUAACCAGGUCUAUUUCACUAGGUAGGGUAUAGGGUGCCAUUUGGGACUGACACAUAGCCUGCCAGGAUAAAGUAGCAACACUUGUUUCCAGAGCGAGUGAGAUAGCUAAUCAGUUAACCAAUCACUAUGCACAAAUGAAUAUUGUCUUCAUUGCAAUUUUGCCAAUGCCAGUCGAUUUCAUUGCUUGUUUUAGUGGCACAGUGUAGUUGAUAACGCGGCGACAGGGGCACUUUUUUGUUUCUUUGUAUUGUGACAUCACUUCCUGUGUUUGUUUCUAAACCUCUCUGAACCAUAGAAAUAGUCCACCCAUUAUGGCGUCGUUGACUUGAAUAAGGAGGCCUGUUCUCUGAACCAUAUUGACUGGGAAUCUUUCCCCACUACUUUAUUCCCCUGUCAUUAGAAUCAGGGUUCUCUGAACCAUAUUGACUGGGAAUCUUUCCUCACUACUUUAUUCCCCUGUCAUUAGAACCAGGGUUCUCUGAACCAUAUUGACUGGGAAUCUUUCCCCACUACUUUAUUCCCCUGUCAUUAGAACCAGGGUUCUCUGAACCAUAUUGACUUGGGAAUCUUUCCCCACUACUUUAUUCCCCUGUCAUUAGAACCAGGGUUCUCUGAACCAUAUUGACUGGGAAUCUUUCCCCACUAUGUUGUUCACCUGUUAUUAUAACUUUAUUCCCCUGUCAUUAGAACCAGGGUUCAAAUUAUACAUUGGUUCUUGGGGGUGCAUGAACGAUGAGGGUGUUGAGUCUGGCCUAUCCCCCCCCCCCCCCUGUAAUUCAAACCCUGGUUAUUUUCUAAAGGACAUGAACAGGGUCUGAACUUCUCGUGUUGAUUAAGUACAUGACAUGAAUUGAAAUCAGUAUGACGAAAGGUGAAUGUUGGCAUUCAAUAGGGUACGUCUCGAAUGGUGAAAAGUAGUGCAUUAUAUGAGGGAAAAGGUUGCCAUUUUGGACAUAUGUCAAUGUUUACCUAAAUAAUUGUCAGAUGUGUCUUACACAUGGAAUUAAUUGUAACAUUUACCCCAAAAUAACCUUUUGACACUUGAAUUUGUCUCUCACAAUCUAGAACUAAGGAAUACUGUAUUUUGUUUAUUAUUCUACCCUAAUAUGAAAUUGUCAAUCUAGAUUUGCACACUAAAAUGUAAUAAUUGUUUUAUGUGGGUCAUUAUGCUUCUUUGUCUAUUAGCCUAAAUGCUUGUUUACAUUAUUGUUUACAUGACAUGACUAGUAAUAAUGUUGGUGGGAGAAUUAUGUAAAAUAUCACAAUAAAUGUGUAUGUCAUAUAA